AGUCUCUUCCAUCAAAGCCAACUCUAAAUUUACGAAUGCUUAUAAUAGUGAAAAGGAUUUUGUAUUAGAACUUAAAAAAAGAGAUAGCUCUAAUCAUUCAAAAGAUUCAUUAACAGAUUUAUCUAAAUCUAGUGAUGAAGAAAGCGAGGAAUCUGAUGAAGAAAUAUAUGAAAAAACAGAAAUGGUAUGA